AUGCAUGCCAACGGUGCAUCCACUCGGCACCGGUUUUCCCACAGCGUGCCAAGGUCCUCACCCACCACACUCGAAGCAUUUUCUGAAGACAACGGUUGCGCAGCGUUCAGGAUAAAAGCCCGUAAUAUGGACUGUGAAGUGGAGGUGGAGGGCGAGGAAGGGGACUCCAGCUUCUACUGUGAGCUGUGCGAUAAACAGUACGUGAGACACCAACAGUACGACAACCACAUCAACUCCUACGACCACCACCACAAGCAGCGGCUGAAGGAGCUGAAACAGAGGGAGUUUUACAGAGCGCUGGCCUGCAGGAGGCAGAGGAGACGCAGGGAGGAGAAGAGAGAGGAGAGAGCGCUGAGGAGGCUCCAUAAACAUGGAGAGAGGAGGACGGGAGAGUGCGCUCCAGGUUCUGGUCCCAUGUUCCGGUCCACCACGGUGGCGGUCGAACCAGCGGACCAGUCCGGACCGGACUUUGUGCAGAACUGGGACGACAUCCGUACCAGCAGCUCCGCUCUGGGAUCAAAGCCUCAAACGUCCCUGGUGGAGCCCUUCCUUCCUCUGGACCCUGCUCUGGAAACCAGACUCCUGAGCGACACGCAGUGGGCGUACGACCCGACGGACGCCAACAGCUCUACGACAACCGUAGCGGCUGAAUCCUGCAUCCUCAGCAAAACCCAAACGGACUACAAUGACCCGAGCGCCACAAACACUGACAGCGAAAAUAUCACUUUGACCAAAAGCAGCCACUUUAACAAGAUCUCCUGGGCUCAUAAUUAUUUAAGCAACCCCAUUACUCCCAAUAACAUCCCGACAACUGCCACGGACACCACUAAUGGCUCUAUUUUCAACAAAAACUCUGACGCCACUGCAUCUGCCGUUACUUCUCAAAUCAGCAUCAACGAAAGCAGAGCAAUGUGCGGACAAGGUGUCCAGUCCGUCCGCAGCAGAGUCCGCCCUGUGUCCUUCUCGCUGCCCAAAAGAAGCUGCGUCCUCCUCCACCAAUCAGCUGCCGUCUUCAUCCAAGCCGGGCGAGGCUUGAAACAAGAUGGCGUGGCGGCUCAAGAAAGAGCCAAAGAUCUGGGGGAGAAAGUCUCAGAUCAGCAGCUCAAAUCUCGCCUAUCUGCAGACGUGGACAGUGUUGGUGUGAGUCACUGGGACACUGGAAACCAGUGCAGUGUGGACACGAAAACUGCAAUCCAGCACCCUGAGGGUGAAGCCAAUAUGUCUACCGAGACGGGACCUGGAGGACUCUCUGGGACCGGAGCCCAAGUUCCUUUAUGUAAUCGCAAUGUGAUCGGAGUUGAGGACUCUGUUAUCAGCGGGAAUGGAGCCCAGCUCUCCUUAUGUAAUGACAAUGGGACCAGAGCCCAAGUCGGCGCUGAAACUGGGACCAGUGCUCAUUUUUAUUUAAACAGCGAGACACCGGGACAGAUUUCUGACACAGCCGUCGUGAAAGAUUCAGUACGCAGGGACGGCGAGGAUGCAGACGAUGCAGAGCGCGUCACCCAAGAGUUGAAAGAUCUGCUCUGCACCGCUACAAAUCAAAAACCGGAUGUUUUAAACGAGACCAAAGAGUCUUCAAUCCGAACUCAGCCCAAAGAAUCCUGUCCUAAAGAAUCCGUGCCGCUAAAUCGUCCCAAAGAGCCGUUUUGUCGCGUGUUGAGCCGAGACGGUAGCCGGGUUCUCCUCUGGCCGUCGGAGAUGGUCAGCUACACCAAAACGUCGCCCUCCAUCUCUUUCAGCAUCAACCCUCUACUGUACGACUUCAGAGCUCAUAACCGGGCUAAGGAAGGGGGCGAGGAGAAGAAAGUCGGGCUGGAGAGAAUAAAGCCGCCUGUGAUCAAACAACCCGACUGCCAACAGAGGCAGGAGGAGGGUAUGGAGGGAGGAAGGGAGGUGAAGAUAGAUGAAAGGGAAGAGGAGGAUGAAGGGGGACAGGCAGGAAAUCCUAUAGAACCUGUAGCCCAUUGUAGCGCCGGCAACGCAGUUCCAGACCGCUGCGACUGCCGUGAUGAAAGCGCUUUAAAAUUUGUUUCCGCAGAAUGCCACCUUGCGCCGUCGCUCGGCCUUCAACAAACAGGCAGGAGGAGGAGGCGUGAAAAGGGAGGCCAGCCAGCAUCAAUCCCAGCAAUCAGCCUCCGGGUGGGGCCCGGGGCUCAGAAAGCUCCUCUGUCGGGGUGCCGCAUGUAA